AUGGCACCGAAUGAGCUAGCGGAACUGAAGACUGAAAUUCAAGAGUUGUUGGAUCGAGGGCUUAUUUAUCCCAUUUCUGUGAAGGGGAUUCAAGUGGAUCCUCGUAAGAUUGAGGCAGUAUUGGAUUGGAAACAGUCGAAGAGUGUGUCAAAAAUCUGUAAUUUUCUGGGACUGAUAAGGUAUUACCGACAUUUUGUAGAGGGGUUCUCGUUGAUCGUAGUGCAGUUGACUAAGUUGUUGCAUAAAGGAGUUUCUUUCAUUUGGACUGACACGCAGCAGGAGAGCUUCGUGAAGCUCAAGACAGUUUUAACUCUGGCUCCAGUUCUGAUACAGCCUGAGCCUGGUAGGGACUUCAUGGUCUACAAUGAUGAGUCACGUGUGGGUUUGGGUUGCGCCUUGAUGCAAGACAAUAAGUAUCACCCUGGAAAGGCCAAUGUGGUGGUCGAUGCACUAAGCCAUAGGGUUGUGACCAAUCUGAGAGAAAUGUUCGCUCGAUUAAGUCUUUAUGACAAAAGAAGUCUUCUGGUAGAGCUACAAGUGAAGCCGACAUGGAUUGAACAGAUUAGAGCUAAGCACUUAGAUGAUAAGACUCUUGAGAUGCGAUUUCGUCAGGUUGAGACUGGGACUACUACAGAUUUUGGGCUAAAUAAUGAUAGGGUAUUGUGCUUCCGAGAUAGGAUUUGUUUACCUAAUAAUGAGGAUUUGAGGCUGUCAAUUUUGAGGGAAGCACAUCGUAGUCCUUACGCUAUGCAUCCUGGUGGAAAUAAGAUGUAUAAAGAUCUUUGA